GAGUGCGGUUUGGUUUUGCCCACAGACUGCAUUACCCAUGAUGCACCGGAACCAUCGACGUGUUCGCGACAGUCCCGGAAGCAAACAGCUAGCAGAGCAAAGCCACAUCUGUGCUCCCUCCUGCGAAGGAGUCCAGCGAAAACAGCACCAUGCUGCCGACCACCUCGCCUAACACCAAUGGCUCCCUGGGCUCCAGAGACGCGGCGCGCCACACAGCGGGUGCCAAGCGCUACAAGUACUUGCGGAGGCUGUUUCAUUUCAGACAGAUGGAUUUCGAGUUUGCCCUGUGGCAGAUGCUUUACCUGUUCACGUCACCGCAGAGGGUCUACCGUAACUUCCACUACAGGAAACAGACCAAAGACCAGUGGGCCAGGGACGACCCUGCUUUCCUGGUCCUGCUCAGCAUCUGGCUGUGUGUGUCGACGAUGGGCUUUGGGCUUGUGUUGGACAUGGGGGUGUUUGAAACUCUAAAGCUGCUGCUGUGGGUGGUCUUUGUUGACUGCAUAGGAGUCGGUCUGCUCAUAUCAACAUUAAUGUGGGUGAUCAGCAACAAGUAUCUGCUGAAACACCCCAGCAGGAACUUUGACGUGGAGUGGGGCUACGCGUUUGACGUCCACCUCAAUGCUUUCUACCCACUCCUCGUCAUCCUGCACUUCCUGCAGCUUUUCUUCAUAAACCAUCUGGUGGAAAUAUAUUCCGACUGGUUCCUGGGAUACUUUGUGGGGAACACUCUGUGGCUGAUCGCCAUUGGCUAUUACCUUUACAUCACCUUCUUGGGCUACAGCGCUCUCCCCUUCCUGAAAAACACAGUGGUGUUGCUGUACCCUUUCUCCCUCCUCGGACUCCUCUACGUCCUCUCGAUCUCGCUGGGCUGGAACUUCACUAAAGGUCUCUGCGAUUUUUACAAAUACAGAGUCCGGUAGACAGACCGGCUUUGGCUCUCACACUGGACUCUUGGCCAAAUCGGAGUGUCUUUCCAAGCCUCUUCCAGUCCGCCGACCGGCGUUUGUGUGGUUGACUCUCGGUGAGCUGAGACUGCGAGCUAAUCCACGCCGAGCUGAUGGACUGUCGCUCAGCUCGCUCUUGACUUCCUGCUCUGCUCCUGCAGCAGAGACUCGACUGUGUGCAAAGCAGUGGUGGACGUUUGUCUUUUUGUAUGAUUUGUAAAUAGGACUCUGGCAGGUUGUAAUAUAUAUAUAUUCAGAGUAAAGGUUGGCUUGGGGG